GAAUUCAAGAACCACUAAUGUCUCCACAGCUCUAUACAUUCAACACUCUUUAGGGCCAAUUUCCUUUUUCCAUUUGCCGCGUCCAGGAAGAGGAAAAAACUGUAUGCUAGUGUUCCUCUCCAUGGUGCAAAUGCUAACUGAGUCAUUUGCACAUAACUUCAUUUUGCUUUGCUCUCCUUUGUUUUUACUCUUUUCAAUGACUUCAUUAUUAAAUACCUGUCAUUCUUAUGGGAUAAAUUAGGUCGAUGGGAUAAAUUAGGUCAAUGGGAAACAAAUUUUUAAUGCCUUAAAAGAUGCUUGUUUCAUGCUACCUAACUAUGGGAAUAACUCUAUGGUUACUCUUGUUUUGUCCCUUGUUUGAUCUCUGUCAAUAAAAGUUGGUUUAUUUGUAACCAUGGAAACAUUGUGCUUUGAAGCGAAGCACAGCAUAGUAGUUCCUAGAGAAAGGAAUUCUUAAAAACUUAUUUCAAUGGGAAUGGAGAUGUUCCAUAAAGCGAAGCCUUACAUAGCAAUGAUAAGCUUGCAGUUUGGGUACGCAGUGAUGCACAUAAUUACUAAGAUGUCUCUUAACAAUGGAAUGAAUCACUUUGUUUUGGUAGUCUACAGACACAUCGUUGCCACAGUUGUUCUUGCUCCUUUUGCUUACUUCCUUGAAAGGAAAUUGCGACCGAAAAUGACUUUUAUCAUAUUUUGUCAGAUUUUUGCUCUUGGUUUAUUGGGGCCUGUAAUUGAUCAGAAUUUCUAUUACCUGGGUUUAAAAUUUACUUCCCCUACAUUUGGAGCUGCAUUAAAUAACAUACUACCUGCCACUACUUUUGUGAUUGCUUUCAUCUUCAGAAUGGAGAAAAUAAGAAUUCGACAGUUACGCAGUCAAGCUAAGAUAGUGGGAACACUAGUAUGUGUGGGUGGAGCAAUGUUCAUGACCUUUUACAAAGGACCUAUUGUUCCCAUGCCUUGGUCAUUACAUGCCCAUUAUCAUUAUCUAAAUGCUGUUGCUUCUCAUGAUAAUAUAAAAGGUUGCUUGUGUUUAGUCACAGCAACCCUUUCUUGGGCUUCCUUGUUUGUUCUUCAGGCUUCAGUUCUCAAGAAGUAUCCUGCACAACUUUCCCUUGUCACCUUAAUAUGCUUGAUGGGAGCGUUACAGUCAAUUGUAAUCACCUUGGCUGUUGAACGCCAUCCAUCUGCUUGGGCAGUUGGAUUCGACAUGAACCUUCUUACAGCUGUGUAUUCGGGAGUUAUAGGCACAGGGGUUGCAUAUUAUCUUCAAGGAUUGUGCAUGAAGACAAAGGGGCCUGUAUUUGCUACUGCAUUCAUUCCAUUGACUAUGGUAUUUACAGCAAUUAUGGACUCCAUUAUUCUUCAUCAGAGAAUCUACUUGGGCAGUGUGCUGGGAGGAGUAGUGAUAGUAAUAGGAUUGUAUGGUGUUUUGUGGGGCAAAGUGAAGGACAUAAAGCUGUCUGCUUUUACAAGCUCGGAAAUGCUUCCCACCUGUCAUUCUAAUACGGACAAGAACCUGCCUGUAAUUAUGGAAGCCCGUGGGGAAGCUUUUACAGACAAAGGUAUUUCAAACAUAAAAAGUCAUAAAAGUGAGGAAAACUAGUUGCAGCAAUCAUAGAUUAUUCAUGCAGAUGAUUGGUGUGCUAGAAGGUGGACGGUUUUGUAAUCCAGAUGAUUGGUGUGCUAGAAGGUGGACGGUGUACAAAACAUUUUCUGCAUGCAGAGUUGAUUUGAAACGCCCAUCACAUAACACAAAGUUGGAUUGUUGGGAAUGCCUUUAUGAAAUCUUGUCAAUAAAGAGGGACAGUAGUGGAUUGUCUGGGAAAGGAGAGUACAUCAAUCAGUUUAUAUAAACAAAUGGUAGUGGGGAUACUUUAUGUAAAAAGGAAAUGUACUUUUAUCAAAAUUUCUAAAUGAAAUGGAGUCAUUCUCUGA